CUACCUUUUUCCUGUCACUUUUUACAACUUCCCUUUUUUCUUUUCAUACCUGAACAUCGUAUCUUUGUCAAAGCGUUAUGCAUAGUCAACCUGGAGUGAAAAUUCAUGUGGAAAAUCAUAAUGUCAUUCUCAGAGGCAAUGCCGAUGAAUCCACCGGUUGUGUCCUUCGCGGAUGUGUCGUACUGCACCUGCGCGAAAAGACUCGCUUGAAAUCACUCAAACUGCGCAUGGUCGGUCGAAUGCGAGUGCACUGGAAUGAACGUGUUUGCUCCAAUCGAUGGUCGUCCACUUCGGUGAAUAUGACGGUUGGUUACCAGCAUCAACGACAUAACAAGCAUCAAUUCGACAUUUUGGAUGAUGAAUGGGUGUUUCUUCCCCUUUCAAACACAUUUCACGUUUUACCUGCAGAUACAUACAAGUUUCCUUUCGAAAUGGUUCUGCCCGGCAAUACCAUCGAAUCCGUGAACGACAACAGCUAUGGCGACAUUUAUUACAAGCUGAAAGCCGUGGCUGAGCGACCGGCUUUGCAACCAAAUUUUGUCGAUCGCAUACCCUUGAACAUUAUCCGUCAAUGGAUGCCCUCGGCAAAUCAGGAGCUAGCUUUGCCGAGUUACCUGUGGAACGACUGGGACGAACGACUUCAUUAUCGGAUUAUGGUGCCGAAAAAGGUAUACCGAAGAGGUGAAAUGAUUCCUCUGGAAUUUACAGUGCUACCACGCCAAGGAGGAGCGAUGCGGAUCCGAUACUUGACCUGUGUCAUGAAAGAGUACACCACUUUUGUGAUGGAUGAACAGAUGAACAGCAAACGUACGGAGAGUCGCAUUGUUCGCUUUAUCCGUGACGAAGAAUUCCCUGGACAAGGAAGUGAACAGGGUCAGAAAACCGAAACAUUUGCUAUACCACGCAGUGCGCAAGCCAUCCAGCAUGACAUUCACCACCCGCUUUUUACCAUCGAACACAAGCUGCAGUUUACAAUGUGCUUAGUGAACGAGCAUGGCGAGAAAUCCGAAUUGCGGGCUUCAAUGCCCAUCACCAUUGUCGAUGAAUCGACCGAUGCCAAUCUUUCCCAGCAUAACCAUGAUCACAUCUUACCGCCGUACGAAGAAGCGUACCGAUCCACACCAUACGAACCGGCCACUGCCAUGUACUGCGCUUCCUCCAGUCAGCAUUCGACACCUACUAGUGAGCCUGAUGCAUGGUUGCCUUUAGACUCGCCCUACCUGUGGCCCGUGGCUCACGACCGUGAAAUCACCACUUCAUACUUUGGCCCCCUUCCUUCCUACGGAACCGUAAUGGACUCAUCCUCCAACUUGGAUCUAUUUGCCCUCGGCCGACCUCCAUCCUAUGAUGUGCCCUGCGCCACUCGAUAAACUCACCUAUUUUUUAUACUACUUUUUAUUACUCUUUCAUUGUACAUACAAACCAUCGUUUCAAUCACCAUUGUUCCCGGAAUUGGUAAAAUUCGUGAAUAAAGCAACCACUAUAGCUGUAAUUUUGAAAAUCC